AUGGCUUUUACUGCUUUAGCUGUUCACAAUUGGUUACUCUACCUAUUAAAAUUAUCAAUAAUUUCUGUCUCUUGCCGUUUUAUAAUUAAUAGAUGGAAGAAUUGGUGGAUUCGUACGAUUUUUACGCUAAUAUUACUUGCUCUAUUUGCAGCUGUUAUUUACGCUGGCCCUAUCAGCUUAACAUUAAUGGUAAUGUGUAUCCAAAUUCGCUGCUUUUACGAAAUUAUUGCAGUCGGCCAUAAAAAAUACAGGGAGGAAAAUUUACCAUUUUUCCGGAGUCUAAGUUGGUCAUUUGUUGCAACCGUAAACUACUUUCUUUAUGGUGAAAGUUUAUCCCAAUAUUUUCAAAAUUUUCUUCAAAAGGAUGAAAUCUUGCAACCGCUUGCUUCGUAUCAUCGAUUCAUUUCGUUUAUGAUGUAUUUGUGUUGUUUUGUCUUGUUUGUACUGACCUUAAAGAAAGGAUAUUACAUGGUGCAAUUUGCUUUGUUUGGUUGGACUCAUAUAAUCAUAUUACUUUUGGUUGCUCAAUCCCAUCUGAUGAUUCAAAAUAUUUUCGAAGGCCUAAUUUGGUAA